CACCAAGUGCGCAAAGGCCUGCAUGUCGGUGCGCGGCGCGAGCUAGUACUUUAGGGACCCGUUGCGGUCUCUGCGCUGUGCCGUAUCUUUCGCUGCCAGUAGUUCUGCUCGCGGAACGGCUGCGGACCUCUGCUGCCUGUGCUAGGGGUGCAGAGUGCAGCGUGCAGCGAAGCCACGCUGCAACAGCGAACGCGUAUCUAGCAACGAGCAAAGGCAGUGCAGCACCAUGCGAGCCCUCGCAGCAGCAUACAUCGCACACGCCGCAACGGCACUCGUCGCACCGAUACCACGUGUGCAGCUCCAAACACGCAUCUACGGAGACAAGGGCGUCUUCGGCCCGCGGAGCCCGGAUAUUGAAUAUAUGCCGAAAGCGAAAGACGCGCCGCAGCGCCAGGUCGGUUUGUGGCCCCGCGGGACCGCGGCCAACUUCUUCCGAAUCAUAACAUUUACGUGGGUCGUCGUCUUCGCCCUCACGCUGGCGUCGUCUACAUUAACACUACCAGGCGUGGCCGACGCGGGAGCGGACAUUUCCCAGGGCCGAGUCAUCGCCGACGGAUUGAUGGGGCGCUGUUUUGUCGUGAGAAAGCGGACGUUCAGUCCUAGAGCGUUGUGGGACGCGAACUACCGGAGACGGUUAAUGAGAGGAGCCGCUCUCUCGACGCAAUCCCCGCUCCUCGGUGACCUCGCGUUAGAUUUGCCGCGCUGGACCUCGCGGUGGCGCUGGCACCAAAGGUGGCGCUGUUUAACGUAUUUUCUUGCACAUGGGUCCGCGGCGCACGUUCUUGGUGAUGCGGUGUUGUUGCGGUCGUCAUUAGCUUUGGAUGGGAAAGGCCUGCCCUACGACGCGCGACGACGGUUAGGCGACGCGAACGAUAAUCGAGGAGGCGCCUGCGGCGGUGCUGGCGUUCUACUGCUGACAUCAACCUUAGGAGUCGUAGCGGGAGGCAUCUGCCACCUGCAGAACACGAUGCGCGCGCCUCGAGCCGUGGGCGGCGGCGCCCUUUGUGCGGCUCUAGCUGGUGCGAGGUGCGUGGCCCAAUGUAAACUACUGAAGGGCGCGCAUCCCCGUUCCAGAGCAGUAAAGAACCUCCUGCCGCGCCUGGCCGUGCUGCUCGUCGCGAAUUAUGCGAUGGACGUCCCUCCGGCGGUCGUCCUGGGCGGCCUCGCGGCGGGCCUCUCCAUCUCCAUAAUGGCGGCGCCGCGCGUCGUGGGCACGGAGACGGAGUUCGCCCUGUAUGGUGAUAAAAGAGACGCGUUGCGGAGAAAAGGCAAGGGUCGGGCGUUGGCCGUGUCGCUCUCCAAAAACAUCAAGCGGGAGCCAGCGCGCGUGCCUCCACCGGUAUGCUUCGCGCUGGCUUUGUUAGUAGUGCCGACGCUUCGCAUCGGGUUACUGCAGCUCGUGCCUGCCCUCGCGACGUGCGCGGCCCGGCCGGGCGCGCUGUCGGGGCGGGGGCUGGACUGCCCGCCGGGGUUCGUUUGGUGAGUCAUGUGUUAGGUAUUUAUUUU